AUGCUCGCUCUCCGUAGACAAGUCGGUACCAACCUGUGCAUGCGGUCUAUCAUGAUCCGCCCCGCGCUCCGCACUGUUCCCAUGAUGUUCACCCAGGUCCGUAACGUCUCCUAUGAGCGUCUCAACGCUGAGCAGGUCCAGGAUAAGCUUGUCUCUCAACGCAAGAACCGUCCUCUGUCCCCCGAGUUGGCCAUCUACAAGCCCCAGAUCACUUGGAUUCUGUCCGGUCUUCACCGUUUGACCGGUAUUGCUCUUGGCGGCACUUUUUACAUUUGGAUGCUCGCCUACGCUGCUGGCCUGCCCGUUUCUACGACCGCUCUUGCCGGCGCGUUCGGUGCUCUGCCCGUCGUGGUCAAGAUCGCCGCUAAGUUCAUCUUGGCCACUCCCUUCACAUUCCACGCUUUCAACGGUGUCCGUCACCUUAUUUGGGAUAUGGUUAAGCUCGUCAAUAACAAGGGGGUCAUCACCUCCGGCCAGGUUGUCUUGGGUCUGACUGUCGUCUCCUCCGCAAUUCUUGCCUUCUUGUAG